AUGGGAAAUUGGUAUUAUGGUCUAGGAGACCGCUAUCUAAUUUCUAAGCACGAAAAAUGUACACUUACGCCACCUGGCUAUCCAUGGCCUGGAGUUCUUCCUGAUAGGACUUUAAACUUAUUCAGUAAUCUCUAUUCAGCUGGAAGCAAUAAAUGCCCAGAACAAGAAGAGUUUUCUAGUUUCCAGUCAGGGAUUCUUUCAAUAUGGUGCCCUUCAAAUGCAACUAUAAUAGAGCAGCCUGAUUUUCUUUCUAUGAGAAAUGAUACUUUCGUCUUGACUGAUACAGGCAUGGAAAAUUGAAGUAAAAUUGCCUCUGGUCUGCAAAAGAAAUAUUCUGUUAAUGGAACGUAAUGCAAAUACAGAUCAUCCUAUAAGAUAAAUUCAGAGUGAUUCCAGGUUUUCUGUGAAAAUAAAGAAAAUUAUUAUGUGCAAAACGUAGUUAAAGAUGAGGUUGUAAAAAGAAUUGAAGGAAAAAUGCAGGAAAGAUCAGUAAAACCUAUGAAUUUAGUUGUUUUUAUGAUUGAUACUGUAUCAAGAGCAAGAGUUUAUAGAAAAAUGCAAAAUUUGGCGAAUUAUUUAGAAAAUUUGAAUAAGACUGGAAAUAGCCAAGUUUUCCAGUUUUUUAGGAUUAUUUCGAAUGGAAUAAGUACAGCUUUUAACACGAGAGCGAUGUACUCUGGAUCUCAAUUAAGGCAAAACCGAAGUGGAAGACCCUUUUGGGACAUUUUUCAGAAACAAGGAAACGCAGCACUUUUCUUAAAUGGGUUUUGUGAAGAUUGACAGAAAACUUUUUUAAAAAAAGAAUUUAGCGAUAUUAAUUAUGCUGUGUUUUUUCCUUGAUGCCAUUUUGAUUGCCAUCCUUUACAAGGAACUUUUGGGAAUUUUGCUGGUCCUUUUUCUAUUUUGAGAAGAUGUAUUAAUGGAGAUUACCUUCACAAUUACAUUAUAGAAUAUUUGAAUCAAUUUUGGAAAAACCAUGAACAGUUUGGAAAAGUGGUUUUAAUUCCUUUUCAGGAAGGCCAUGAAGGAACAGGAGAAGUCAUUUCAGUGCUUGAUCCAGAUUUAACAAAUUUUUUGAAAAAACUUGAAAAAUCUGGAGAUCUAAACCAAACAGUUGUAGUCAUAACGUCUGAUCACGGCUUGCAUAUGGGGCCUUAUUAUACAGGAAGUAAAAUGGGUGCUUUUGAAGAGAAGCUUCCAACUUUAUUUAUGAUUUAUCCUCAAUGAUUCAUUAAUAAGUACCCAGAAUUCAGACAAAAUUUAGCUGAAAAUGAACAAAGACUUGUAAGUCACUAUGACACAUAUUGGACAUUUCGACAUCUUGCAACACUCCCAGAAUUUGGAGGUGAAAUUUCUGAAAAUUUUGAAGAAAACUCAAAUUUAUAUGAAGAUACCUGGGACUGCCAAAAAAAUUUAUACUAUAUGGAAGCCUCUUAUCAAUUCAUAGGGAAAAAAUGAAGAAAAGAUUUUUAUUCAUUUCCAUUAAAUAUUACUUAUACCAAAAUAAAUGAUUGUUUUACAUCAUUACAAUAUACCCCAAAGGUUUAUGAAAAUUUGACAUCAAUUCCUUAUUCAGAAAUUUCGAAAGAAAAUGAUAAGUAUAAUAGAGACAAAGCUUUAGAGACUGUGCUGUUAGAUAAAGAUGUGAGGUAUUGGUUUGAAGAUGCCUAUCAAGAUGUAAUCAAAAAGCUUAUGCUGAAGAGCAAAGAAGCUGUAGGGCAGGAAGAUUAUGUUUUGGAAAGCAAAACGUUGGAGGAAGAAUCAUGAGAUACUUUAAAAGCACCUGGAAGAGGAAGAUAUUUGUUUGGAAGAAGCUUGCUUAAAUACACAGAUGAUAGAAGCUGCGAUAUGGCUGGGAUUCCUAAUUGUGUUUGCGAUGGAGAUGACAGUAUAACUAAAAUAAUAGCAAAAUCUGGCUAG